GGUAAUCAUGGCCUGCCGGUUCGCCUUCCUAUUGCCAAUUAAAAACUGCCGCAGGACGCCAUUUCUUCCUUCCGCUUUCUUCACCAUCAUUCGUCUGUAAUUCCGCUGCUACCCGACCCGUUCUUCUUCCUUUCCAGGUCAGUUCCUUUUCUCGCCGUCAUGAUUGUUUCAGAUUCCGAUUCGGCUACCCCAUCAUCCAAUUCUUGCCAAGCCAAUCAAUCGGCCUCUGGCCGCAACCCCGGCCACACUCAAUCACUCCAGCCGUCACCGUCGGCCGUGUCUGGCCAUAAACGGUGUCGAUUGAGGAAGCAAUUCCCUUCCUCAACCCCAGUAGACGAGGGCUCGAGGGUUGGAUUGGACGAAAAUAUCAUGGCGCUGUGCCAUUGCCAGAUUACUGACCGGGGGUUCGCCGAUGCUACUGACAUGGUCGGACCUUCCAUUGAAGUCAUGAGACCUACCAGCACCCAAACCGCCUUGGACGCCCCUUCAGGGUUCUUCACGGUCCAUGUGGCGUCUUUGAAUAAGGGGCUGCGCUUCCCACUCCACUCGCUUUUGAUCGAAUUCCUCAAUGUGGUGGACCUUCUUCCGUGCCAGUUGGUCCCCAACUCUCACCGGUACAUCACCGGUUAUUUGAGGUCCAGUAAGCUCUUUGCUAGCGACAAGAAGGGGUCGACCAAAGACUGGAAACCCUACUUUGUCUUUGUCUCAACGGGGCCCGAAUCUCCUUUCACAGGUUCAGGGCGCCCUUCCUUCCGCCGCAUCCCAUGCCCCCCAUCUGAUGUCACCCUUUUGUCCAUUACUCGCCAACUCUGCAACAAGGGAGUUAUGAACAUCAAAGAGGUGGUGACAGAGGAGACCCUUGCCGGGUUGGGGUUUGAGUUUGUUCAGGAUGAGCUUCGCCACCAACCCGACCUACUGAGGGACAUUCCUGAGGGGCAUCAGCCCGUCCAGCUGAAGGACAUUCCUGAGGAAGGUCUUGACUGUGGUCCUUUCGUGGAGGACCAGGAUGAUGCUGCCCUGGAAACGGGUACGGUGACUGGUCAUUCCCCCCCCCCCCAUUCGGUGAAGCCGGGUGGCGACCUCGCUGGGUCGUCACUAGGUGCUGCCUCGGAGCGACCUCCUUCGCCUCCCGCAGUGACCUACGAGGUGGCGACCGAGGGUUGCUCGACGAGGCUUUGCAUUCCUCCUCUGCCCCAAAGCUUAGGGGACGUGCAACUGGAGACCCUGAUCACCUUGCCCGCGGAGGAUCAAGCUCGCAUCUCGGCCGGUUCUGAGGACGACCUUGAUAACAUGGUCCUUUUGAGGCUGAGCCAGGUACUUGCGCUGAUUCGAUCUGUACUCCUUUUCCUUUUUUACAUUCUUAACCCCCAUGCCUUGGCGCAGGCCACGCUGGGGAUGAUUGAGGUGUUCGGUAGGAGACGGGGUCACCAGGCUGCCUUGGGCGAGGCGUUGAAGGCAUCGGAGGCCAAGCAGAAGGAAUUGCAGGAGGAGGUCGUCCGGCUCACAAGAGAGUUGGGGGAGAAGGAAGAUCGUUGCGCGGCGCUUGCUGCAGAGAAAACUUCCAAGGAGAACCGCUGCGUCGCCCUUGAGGCAGACAAAGCCGCCCUGUCCUUGGAGGUAGAAUCUGUUUCUGCUCGCGUGGUCGAGCUAGAGGGGGAAAAAUCUGACUUGAUCCAGCAGUUGGGAGUGGAGAGGAGCGACCGGGUCCGGUAUGCAGAGGAAGCGGUAGAAUCCUUCAAGUCUUCUCCUGACGUCGCGAUGGCCGCGAUGGAGCGGUUGGAAGAGCUAACGGCCGCUUGGCUCGAAACCGAGCCUGGGGCUCAAUGGAUGGUCAAGGAGGGGACCAAAUCCUUCAACAGUGGACUCUUCCGCGCCCAACAGGUCUUCCGCGACAGACUGGCUCAGCUCCCCAAGGGAUUCUCUCUUCCCGACCUUGGCUUCCCUCCUCCAUGCCGUUCCUUGGCCGAGUUCGACCCCAGUCCUUAUCUGGACGGGGGGAGCUCGAGUGCGUCGGAAGAAGAGGACAAAGAAGAAGUGGAAGGCGGAAUUCCUGUUUCUCUGAACCUUUCCGACGGGCUGGCUCCUUCUUCGCCGGAGCCUGUCUCCUCCCCAGGUCAGUCAAUUCUAAUGACUGGGGGGCUAGACCUUUACGAAUUUUGCCGCCGGUUGCCUCGCCGACAGUGGCCGUCGGUAAAACCGCCGCCACUACCACCAAACCCUUAUGAAGACUUCAGUGAGGCGUACAAGGCCCUCUCCGCCAACCGCCUGCCUAACGGGCGGAUUGAUUGGGAUGCUCCAUGCCCCCUCCAUUCCCUGCAAUGCAUGGCCUGGGAGAGCUUUCAUGAUGAGCACUUACCCCUCCUAGAGCAUGAGUGCGCAUACUACGCAAGUCUUGAACAAUGGACUAGCGAAAGUCGCACCAACUCGCCGGUAAGGCCUAAGAAUGAGGUUGUGUUGGGGGAAGAACUGGGUUCCAGCCCACCUCGCCCCACCGACCGCUCAACUCCCUGGAAAACCCGUAGGCGACCUGGAGUAGCUCGAUUGGCUUCAGGAUCUCCAUCCUCAUCUAGGUGAUGCGGCUUCAGGAUCUCCAUCCUCAUCUAGGUGAUGCUGGUUGGGGUUCUGGAAGAAGUAAGCCGCCCUCCGUCCUUCCUUGAUAUUUGAAGGACGGUGGGUUUUUGCCAAGGCUGGGGGCGACCGAUCCUGUCCCAUGUUGGGGAAGAACGGUGGUCGUCCUGGACGGCCGGUGAUCGGAAUUCCGCCGGCCUAUGCAGCUGCAGAACUACCCUUCAAACCUGCCUGUCCCCCCUAGGCCUUUUGCUCGCAAAGUUUUAGAUUGUUCUUUUUCAUUGUAAGAAAAGUAUGGAAAGGUA